UCGAUAGUUUUUUUAUAUUCAUUUUCAUCAAGCCCGGGUUUUUUUCCAAUAAAGGUUUUACAAUAGCUUGUUUGAAAGUAUUUGGUACAGUGCCUGUGGCAAGUGACAUAUUCACUAUUUUAGUAAUGUGAGGUAGGACAAUAUCAAUGCAGGUUUUGAGUACAUGAGCAGGCAUGGGGUCUAGGUCACAUGUAAUUCUUCUUCAUAAUACGGAAUCGAACCCGCGUCUUCUGUAUACAAUGUAAAACGCCUUGCCAAUCAAUACGCCACAGACAUGCUCAAGUGAUCGAACCUGAAUAGGAUUUUAAGUUUAAUUGAAAGUUUAACUGUAGACACCAUUGUGUUUGUUACUAGACAUCUUCCUCAGCUAACGGAAGUGGAUCCUCCUUUGUUUGGUUUCAGUGAUUCCACUGUCAAGAGGCAGGGCCGGUUACUUUUGGCUAGUACUCCAAAAUGAAAUGAAGUUGUAAUCUUCGAAUGAAAGACUUACAACCUACUCAGGUUUUAUCCUGAAAGAUUCAAACUAUUGAUAAGUAUGCCCCAGUAUUACUCUUGUCGCUUUAAUACUUUGAGUAGAGUUUGACUGUAAGUGCAACGUAUCAAGCUCUGGGGUAACUUUUUGUUCACUUUUCGUGUGUCAUUCUCUUUUCACAUUGCGUUGUUAUUAUAUUUUUACAUUGUGCUAUUCCAAACUGGGUGAUUGGUAAGUGCAGUGGUGGAUAUUGAAAAAGAUGUACAUUGCCUUGCGCUGUCUGUGAUUGUAAACUAUGAUAACAAUGCGAAGAUAUUCAAUUCUUUUCUUGAUGUUGUCUCAAAACUGCGACAUUUUAGGAGUGUAAGAAGAUUAUAGGGUAGUGAGGUUUCAGAUGGUGAUUUUAGAGUUUCUUUAGAAAAUUGGCUUUUUGUGUACAAUAGGCGUAUCAGCAACCUGUAAGAAUAUUUUUUUCAAAUUAUGAGAUAUUUUCCUUAUUACUACGUUCCAAGUGCUUCAGAGUGAGUGAUUCUGUAGGAAACGUCAGUGUUUUAGCGAGUCAUAUAUUGAAACCUGGGAUAGUUCGUUUAUUAUAAACGAUAUAAAACAACCCCCUUACAGGAUGCAGCCACCUAUACUGAGUUAAGUUUGUAAAACGCGAAAAUAUGUACUUUUAUAAAUAACAAAAUCACGCUUGCACUAUAAUAAUAUAAGGGGUUUUCAUACCUAAAGUGUAAAACUUUUUCCUGAACGCAGACUUAAAGAACAUUUGAUUACCUGAAUAACGUACAAGAGCCCACAGUCAGUGUUCCCUGAAAGGCACUAGAUAGAAAACGGAAAGUUCACAAUUAUUUAUAUAUUUACAAGAUACAGACCCGGGCCGUUCUACGAACUGUGAUAUAAUGAUAGGAAAUCCCAAGAUAAAAUAUUUGUACCUGAUUCAUUACUGUAAGACCUCUGUGUAGACAACAUUGUUGGCAUAUAUAAUGCGCCAUCUGUAUCGUCACUUUCCGCCUUCACUUUCAAAUAGGUUUCGAUAGAUCUAAAAACAUCCGGGUCGUCGGCAUGUUAAACAUGGAUUUCAUAGCGAAUCCAACGUAGGUCAAUCAAAAACAAAACUUCCGGUCCCAUUAUGGCGGAAAUGCAGGUUUCGACGGCAAAGUGAUAAUUUUUUCAGAAACUCAUUUAAUUACAUAGCGCUUAUCAAACUUCUAAAAUAGUCCCACGCGGAACAAUUAGCUAACGUUUGUGUAAUGUGUAUUUUUCCAAAACGAUUGGUAUUGUCACAAAAAAGCCUUUGUGAGCAGAACAUAAAUUUGGCCCCACGGUUUAAUAUAGUAUGAUGACAACAAUAACAACAACAGCAACAACAACAACAACAACAACAACAACAACAAAAACAUCGACCAGUAAUUGAAAAAGCAAAUAAAUAGAGCAGCAAUGUUGAUAACAACAGAAAUUACCGUCGUCUACAACAAAGAAAGCUUGCAGAGAAUUACAUUUACCUCUUUCUCCUCUUUUCUUCGUUCAGGCCAAGACCAUUGACGUAUACAGACAACUUCAACUAUGGGACUGAUGUCCUUGAUAAACCGUCGGGCUCCGUUGUUAAGCAUUGUGAGCAUUUCCUUUGUUGCGCUGGUCCUCAUCUACAACUACAACGCCAAUAAAGACAACAUUCUCUCGGCCUCACCCUGCACCACACAGAACAGGCAACACACGAGAAACACUGCUCAACUAAUUUCGGAAAACCCAUUCCUCAACGCGAGAGUUCCCUCUGAGAAACCAGGAAGCGCCAGUAUUUCCUUAUCGACAUCGUCAAGAAAGACAUAUGCCCACAUAAUACAAGAAACUCCGCCUAACGCAGGACCUGAACAGGGGUUUGAUCUGGAGUACUUAGAUCAAGAAGUCCAGAAAGCGAUGGAGACCAAAAAGGCUGCAAUACGUUUUUUAAGCUCUCCUAUCAUAAACCAACAUAACUUGAUGUAUUUGGUCGGACGCGAGCAGAAAUGUACGAACAUGACUCCCGAAGUUAUCAUAACGGUUCCGUCUGCGUGGAGCAAUUUUGAAAAAAGGCAAAAGGUGAGAGAUGGCACGCAAGGAAAAUACGUCAGAGCACAUUCUCAGAACGCGCUUUUGCUCUUCUUUGUAGGACUUCCUCCAGCGGGCAUUGGAAAGAAUAAAACACAAAAGUGGGCCAAACUUCAGGAGGAGAGUGAGAAAUACGCUGAUGUGGUCAUUGCAUAUUUUGAGGACAAGUAUAGAAAUAUUUUGUUUAAGCAUUUGUCCAUGCUUCAAUGGGUGAUCAACUUUUGCCCCAAGGCCAAAUUUGUGCUCAGAACCGAUGAUGACGUGGGCGUUAUGAUAGACUCUAUGUUGGUUUCCCUGAGGCGACAUAGCGAUGAGUGGCAAAAUUUCAUUCUUGGAAAGCAACGAGUAGGCGAUGCUCCGUCUCGGAGAGAGGAUCAACCUCGUUAUUAUCUCUCCAAAGAAGAGUAUGAACCCGAUAUAUUCCCGCCCUUCGUGCUGGGAGGAACAAUAGGCUACCCCGUGUCCACUGUCAAGCUGCUGUACGAGGCAGCCAGAAGGACGAAGAGCGUGUGGUUAGAUGAUGUUUUCAUUACUGGGAUCUGCGCCACCGCAAUGGGUAUUCCCACGUUUAACGAGAGGAGCUUUCAAUUCGCACACUAACCCAGGAGUCACGUCAACCUCCGAGUGUUCUGAUCAUUAAUAUAUUACUUUCUUUUCAUGUAGGAGCCCGCGU